UAAACACAGGUGAGAGGCAAACRAAAUGGCGGCGAACAUGAGUCGACCUCGUUUAGAAUGAAACUCGAUCACUUAUUCUUAAAAAUACUCCGAUACUACCGUCUGUUCGACUUGUUUCCUACACAGGACUCACAGGAGGUGAAAAGCAUUUAAAUUCCACGUGAAAUAGUUUGUUUGCUGGAGCUCGACACUGUUUAUUCAAAGCCCAGUUGUUGGUGAAUUUAGCUGAAGAUAAGCUUAAUGAUGUCCAUGUGACCUCACAUCGUGUUAUUGUGAUUGUUUGGGAUUUGCGUUUGGUAUGGCUAGUGAAAGCAUCAGCAAAGCAGAGACACUGAAAACUAACUCAGGAUCAAAUGAACGAAACGAAAACGAUUCCAGGACUGGAUCAAGUGUUUGGAAUAUUUGUCCUCUUCCAAGCGACGCUCACACUGUCGAUCUGCGAGACAUCACUCCGUCAAUCAGUCCUGUCUUUACCGAUGAUCAGGUGCGAGAGUUGAGUGGACAAACCAGUGAUUUAGAUGUCCUGGGGGAUAAUUUUCUGCCUCAUGACGCUUUUAAACGUAUAACCGAAGUUCUCUCGCCGGAGCAAACAAAUUUACUUAUUAGCACGUGUAGUACACUGUGUGCGGAGUCAGAGGUGUUGAGCUAUUCUGAUCCAGUGCUGAAUGUUUUGGGCCAGUAUUCAUCGCCUCUCAAGCACGGAAAUGAUCCAAUGUUGAAUUCUCAAGAUGAAAUAUCCGAAGGAAUGAAUCCUUUGCUUGGAAAUCUUAACGAGAAAGAAAAGUCUAAACAAGUUGUUAUGAGUACGUCUACUACUGUUGUGUCUAGCUCGGCGGGAGUCGUCACAACAGCUUCAGCAAAGCAAAAUAAAAAAGAUGAGGAAACAAAAAGUGAAGAGGUAAAAGAGAAAGAUGACAAGGAUACGACAAAAGAAAAUGGCCCAGAAGUCAAAGACAGUAAGGAGAAUAAGAAGUCUGGGAAUGUCAGAUCUAGCUACAGUUUGCGAAGUUCCCCUCGUAAACCAAUUAAAGGUCAGGAAAUUGAAACUAGUCCAGUAAGGAACACUAGACUGCGGGCAAAGAAAGAGUCUCCUUCAGACGCAGACAGGAGAAAAAGCCCGAGGGGAUCACAAAAGCAGCAGCAAAUGGAGAAAGACAAUAGCACACAGGCGGGAAAGGACGGAAAGGAUGGAAGAGGUGGAAAACGAAAAAAUGAAACCCCAACUCUUGAAUCUGAAAAUUCCAAAAAAGAGGAUGACAAGAAAGAAGAAAGAAGGAGCCUUCGAAGGUCAACUAGGAUCCAAAGAAAAGACACCAGCCCAGCCCAAUCAGUUGUACAGUCACCAAGAAAGGGAAGGGGUGGAAACAAGAAGGCCACCACAGCUGCUGAAGAAGAACAGAUAGAAACAGCUGAUGAGAAAAAGGAGGAAAAGGAUGAAGAAAGUGCUGAAAAACCAGCUACUGAUAAACCAUCUGAUGUACAAGAUAGUACAGCUUCUGAAGUAAAAGAAGAAGAAGAAGUAGAACUGGAAGGAAGUGCUGAAAAAGAUGACAAGGCUCCAAAGGAAGAGAAGGAAGCCACUAUUAAGGAAGAAGAAAAAGAGGAGAAAAUUUAUCAGCAAAGUCUGUCAAAUGAUGUGCAAAAACUUAAACCCAUGAAUGAUGAGGUUAAACAAAUUCUGACAGAAAUUCUUGUCUUAGAUAAAGAAAUUUGUAAUCCCUCAAACAACACUGAGAAUAGUACUUCUGUCAGAGAGGAAGAAAAUACUGCAACAGAAGCGGUAGCACCCGUGGAAGAGACCAAGGAUUCCUCUGAGGAAGGAAAGGAAGAAAAAGAGCUACAAAAGAAGAAACCAGAGAAGAAGAGGGUAUCAAAAAAGGAAUUAACACCAUCAAGAAGAAGCAAUCGCAUCAGUGAGAGCAUUCAAAAACGUGAAAUUGAAGCAGCUGUUAAGAAAGCUCAAGAGGAAAUGUUAAAAGAAAUUGAAGAACAGGAAAGGAAAGAGAGAGAAGAAGAAGAAAGAAAGAAAAGAGAAGAGGAUGAGAGGAAGAGAAAGGAAGAGGAAGAAAAACAAAGGGAAGAAAAUGAAAGAAAGAUGAAAGAAGAAGAGGAAAAGAAAGAAAAAGAAAAAGAACAAGAGGAAGAUAGCAAAGAGACAGGGAUUAAGAAAGAUAUUGGUAAAGAAAAAGAAAAGGACAAGUACAAGAAGGAAGCUAAUAAGAUCACAGAGGAGCACCAUAAAAUAAAGGACAAGCCUACCGAUCACAAAUCUAAAGAAAAGCUUGAAAAAGGACAUAUAAAGUCAACUGAUGAAAAGGUUCCACAUAGCCCCACCCAUCACAAGAAACAACAUGCAGAAAAAGAAAGCAGUGAUGAAAAGCAAGAAGGAAUGCCACUGUUUGCUGUAGGAAUAGACCACGAAGUUUAUUCAAAAGUCAAGCAUAAAAGACAUCCAUCUGAGGAGGAGAAACCUUCUAAAGUUAAAAGGUCGAGGACAAGUGAACAUAGCAAGGAUGGAAGCCAUACUGAUGACGACAGUGGUGAAGCAACAACUAAGUCGAAAGAAUCUAAAGAAAGUGUUACAUCAUCUGAUGAAGAGGCAAAUGAUUCAGGAGAGGAGUUUAUGGAGGAAGAUUCUGAUUACGACCCAGAGUAUGACCCCGAGAGACUGUGGUGUAUUUGCCGAAAGCCUCACGGGAAUAGAUUCAUGAUCUGUUGUGAUAACUGUGAAGAAUGGUUGCAUGGAGAUUGUGUGUCUAUUACCAAAGAAAUAGGAAAAGAAAUGGAGAAGAAUGGAAUAGAAUAUGUCUGCCCAAGAUGUGUUAUAGCCAAAAAGAAAUUAAAAGCACAAGGUGGUAAUGCAGUCGACAACUCUUCCAAGGCAACAGACGAUAGCUCCAAUACUCCAAAAAGACCAAGAAGACACAGAAGACUGAAGAUGCCUAGAGAACCAGGUGAAAAACGACAUCACAGACAUUCUACUGACUCUGCAAGCAAGACUAGGAAGAGUGAAAGCAAAGGACAAGAAAAGCGAAGUAAAGAUUCAGGACACAAGGACCACAGCAGUGACAUCAGGAGAAGAAAUUCUGAUCCUUCAUCAUACAAAAUACCUAAAAAGGUGCGCACAACACCCACCCCAGCAUCAUUUGCCAGCAAGGCCCAGAGAAAAUGUAUUAAUACUGGUUGUCAGAACCAUGCCGAACAUAAUUCAGUGUAUUGUAGUGAUAGUUGCAUUGCAAAUCAAGCAUCAAUAUGCCCAAUCCAUGGGAAUCUUCCCACACCACAGCCACACCCCAAUCUCCUCAGAGCAAAGAGAGAGUAGCUGUGAUAGAAAGAAUGACAGGAAGACUGAUUGCUGGUGUCGCAGCUCCUGCUGAACAAGACUUGGUCCAUUGGCUGAAGAGGCAUCCAACCUUCGAAGUCAUUAAACCAUCUGUCUCCAAAGAAGUGAAAAGAAAAGACAGAAAGGAAGAAGAGAAAGCCAUCAGAGAUAACGUCAAAAGAUCUUUGAAGGAAAUUCUUUCUGGAAGAAUGAAAGAGGCACCAGAGCUAAAACUAACCAUUGAUGAUGUAAAUAAGAUGUCCAAUAACAUUGAAGAAGAUUUGUACAAAUAUUUUGGAGAUGCUGGUCCACGUUACAAGAGCAAGUACCGAAGUCUUGCAUUCAACCUUAAAGACUUCAGAAAUAAGGUACUGUUUCAUCAUGUUCUGAGUGGUGAAGUCCCCACAGACAAACUGGUUGGCAUGACGGCAGAACAACUGGCCAACAAGGAGCUAGCAAGAUGGAGGGAACGAGAAACUAAACAUACGUUGGAAAUGAUCAAGCAAAACCAGGAAGACAUCAACCCUACUAAAGGACAUAUCAAGAAAACACAUAAGGGAGAAAUUGAAUUGGAUGAAGAUGAAGACCUCAGCACCCUAGAGGUCCAUGCUGUUAAUAAACAAACUAAAGAGAAAUCGGAAGUGACUGAGGCAGACAGCAACACCUCUCCUGGUCCCCUCCUGGUCGACACCACAGACCAGCACCGCAUUCACUUGUUUGAUCUCAACUGUCGUAUCUGUACUGGUAAAAUGCAGCCCCCGGGGGAACCCCCACGGCAAGAGGACACUCUGAUGCUCGUGUCUACAUCGACUCCAAUACAAGCUUUGGCAGAAAGUUCAGUUCCAUCUCCACCACCAUUAUCAAUGGACAUUGCAUCAGUCAGUUCUACCGAGUCGUUCUCCCUGGGGUCCGUCUCACCGCCACCGAACGUCAAACCCGUCAGACGUGACAAACCAGUUUGGAAAGGCUUCGUAAUGAUGCAAAGUGUAGCUAAGUUCGGUACCAAUGCUUUCCGUGUGUCAGGUCCUUGUGACGAUCUGCUUCAGUUGUUACCAGACACGUUGCAUCUUCAGGGACGCAUCGGCUUUGAACAAGUGUGGGAUUAUAUCUAUCAGCUACGAAGCUCAACCACUAGAGAUGUAUCAGUCAUACGUUACGAGGCAUCAUCUGACGAGGAGAAGACGAGUUACGUGUCACUCUACUCAUAUUUCUACAGCCGUAAGCGAUGUGGAGUGGUGAAUAACUGUUAUACGGGUGUCAAGGACAUGUAUCUUAUGCCUUUAGCAUCACAUUCACCGAUACCUAACGAGCUGCUUCCAUUUGAUGGACCAGGAUUAGAAGAACCACGGCCCCACAUGUUACUAGGACUCAUCGUACGCAAUAAACCUCACUUCAAGCGACCACGCCCACUACACCACAAACCUACGUCAUCACCUCCAGCCAAGCGUCGCCAUAGCAACACUAAUAGAAGUAACGAGGAAAUCCUAGCGAAGGAUUCCCCACCUGAUGUCGAAGACAUUGUCUUCCAGUACGCACACAACAGAAAGACAUCCAGUGACAGCAAACCUGAUGCGUCUCCAUCGUCGGGGUCGUCCAGUACUCUCAGCUCCCCUUCUAUCGUAACUCCUAGUAUCUCAGGCAGUACAGACGCGUCGUUAGACUCAUCGUCGCAGAAGACAAGCCAAGAGGAACUACAUAAACUAGAAGCUCGCGCAAAGCAGUACAUGGCAUCAGCCCUUCAGCCAAGCAGUAAAACAGAAGAGAAAGACAAUACAAAGACAGCAGAAGAAAGCAAACUAAACGACGAUGACGACAAGCCAUACGACCCAGAGGAAGACUUUGACUUGGAUUUGGAACUGGAAAAACCAAUCGACGCGAAAAAGAGUAUCUCUGUGAACACCCCUACAGUUACAGCUAACGUAGCCGCUGCUAAUGCUGUAGAGGUCUCUUCCUCAGCAGGGGUGAGCGCCACGCCCACAAGCGAUGCCAAAUCUGUACAACAGUCGACUGUACAAAAUAUAUUACUUGCCUCAUCGAGUGCUCCAGCUGCUCAAGUGAGUAACAUUCCCUUAAUAACACCAGCUGUUUCAACAGGACAAGAAACAUCGGUUCCCUCCCUGCCCCUUUCUAUCUUUAUGCCCAUGACAAGUACCCCGUCGGGUACGUUAUUGACCAGUACAGCUAAGCCCCUGGCUACUCAGCCUGUCAGCUUACCAGCCGUUGCUGAUCUAGCAGGCAUCGUGAAGCUCAUUGGAGCAACCUUGAAACAAAAUACUGUUCCUGGACAAGCAACAACUGGUGAUGCGCAAAAUACUCAGACCACUACAGCACAGGGUGCAACUACCGGUACUGUACAGGGCGCAGGCACUAGCACAGCUAGGGACCCUAAACAUGAUUACCCGAAGGGUUCCUCUGGUCCACAUCGAGAUACCCAGUACAGAGGGUCUGAUGGAAAAGCCGACACGUCUCAUAGCAGCAGUGCACCAGAAGUAUCCGGACGUCCCUCUAGAGGGCCACAUCAUGAUGAGGGCUCAGAACACAAGGACCGUUCUGCGCCAGGAGGAAAUUAUUCCGUAGCUGAUCGACAACGAAUAGAUAGGGAGCGCCUUGAGUGGCGAGAGCGUCGAUACUCGAGAGAUGGUCCAAGAGAUCAAAGGGGACAUAGAGAUGUGGGCCCUCAAGAUGACAGAUGGAGGGACCAAAGAGACCCACGUGGGCCUCCCAUUCGUCGACCAUCGGAUGAUCGAUACCAGAGCCACGGCGACCAAUACGGGCCCCACCGGGGGGAUCACCAAGACCGGGGUCGGUACAAUCCUUCCCAUAGAGGAGAUGACCGUAGAGAUCGAAGGGAGAAUCGCAGAAGCGACCCGAGAAAUAGCGAUCGCUGGAGAGAAAGAUGGCGACGAUGACAACAUAAAAAGAAAUUCCUUUUUAAACGUUAAAUAGUCUAUAAAAAGAAUCAUCGUGACCUAUGGACACGAGAAGAUAGCGUUUCCUUGGGUAAACGUUUGUAAUAUAUUUUGGUACCGUUUUAGAGAUUUGCUUAUUGGUUAUAUAUUGUGAAGGCGCGUUCUGAUUGGUCGGCACAUUUCGAAGUAAGAACCCAGAAAAUAUCCUUAUUUUGCCUCAAAUCCAUUUUUUGUUGCUGAAUUGAUCUAUUGGUCAAUAAUUGUUAUAUUUAACGAACCUUGAUAGAAUCCUUAAUACAAAUUUUAUCCAACAUGGCGGCUGUGACGUCACAAAAAAUUGAAAAAAUGUAAUUUUUGGAGUUAAAAAAUUGUUUUUUUUAUUCUAGAGCUUUCUUAUUUCGGAAUCCGACUAUCAAACGAAUCGUUACCGAGUGACUUGAUUAGGUUAUGUUUACACACUACACCUGAUUUGUUUUUUUAAACGAAAGAAAUUGUUUUUCCUGUUGCGAUAAAAAUGUACCGGAAGCAAUUUGGUAUUACUCGCUACGAAAGUAAUUUGCUCUUGAUCCAAAAUAAAUGGUACAGCAACCUCACGGUGAUAAAGGUCGAAAAAGAUCAUUGCCUUAAUGACAUCGUUUGUAGCUAGAAAACCCAAUAAUUUCUCUUUUUUUUUUUUUUUUUUYKUUUYCMUWUUUUAAGUUUUUGUCAUUUUAAGAGCCAGUAAGUCGAGGGUACUUUCAGCUCUCUCCUCAUCAAGCAUUCAUUACAUACCUUUUUAAGUUGGCGUAUUUCCGGGUCCAACUGCCCACAAAAACCAUUAAAAUAAAGCAGAAAAAUGUUCUCAAAGACUUUUAACCUCCGUCUGAAACGGUUAGAACUUUGGACGAGAAAUCUUAUCAUGAAGAAAAACUAAAAAAAUUAUUAUAGACUGCCUUUCGUUUUGGACCCGGAAGUGAUUUUCCGUACGAUGGACGUCACACUUAAAAGCUCUAUUGUUACUUUAGCGAGCUUGAUCCACGGUACACGUUUUCAUUUGAAAAUUUUAUGGUAAGAAGUUUUUAGAAAACUUACGUUAAUAUAUUAAAACAAACAUUUUAGAGUCUAUACUUCUGUGUUUACUUGGUACAGUUUACUAAGCGCUGAGCCCGGACAAUUCCAGACAAACACUAUUUUUUCGUAUUUUAAUUCCCGUCCAUCAAACGUAUAUAUGGCAACCAAAAAAUUGACGUCUGGAAAUGUCCGACGUCUCAGAACCUACGAUCUAUGCACUUGUCUGAUAUGGUAAAAGAAAGUCCGGAGACAAAAACCGGCGUUUUUGUCUUGUGCGUCAUUUGAAUUGAUUACUGGGUGGUGGUGUUUCUAAGUCUUCACUCAAUUCGAUCAAUCUUAUCGCUCAUGGUUAAGCGUAGACAGUUGGACCGUUAUUGGCCGUUUCAUGCUAUUUUUCCCCCACUUGAAAGAAAGUGCUAAAGAGCUUGUCAUGCAUAUGAUCACUUUUUACCAUAUUUGGUAGAAAAGCCAUUCGAAAGUUGUGAGUGAUAGGUAGUUUAAUCAAUUUGAUGUCAAUUAUGGUGUGGUUUCCACUUGUGGUUAAAAUUCAUCAAAUAAAGCUUAAGUAGGGACAGUU